AUGACUGUAGCUACUGAGGUCAAUGACAUCAUACCACGAUACAGUGAGAACCUCUCAAAACAGUUAGAAGAUUUUUUUUCAGUUGAAAAUUUUGGAACUUCAUGUAUACCUAAAUGUAGUGGUUGUAAAUGUGGGAAGUGUUCAUUGAGUGGGGAACAUAGCUUGAAGGAGGAAAUGGAAUUAAAACAGAUAGAAGAAGGACUUAAUUAUGAUUCAAUAAAUGGGUAUUGGAUUGCAAGCUAUCCAUGGAUUAAGGAUCCUAACAAACUCCCUAAUAAUGUUUCCCUUGCAUAUGGAAGACUAAAAUCUACUGAACGAAGGUUAAUAAAGCUCGGGAGCGAUUACUCUAAAAAAUAUAAUGAUCAGAUUUUAGAUAUGGUUCAUAGGGAAGUUGCUAGAAAAUUGAACAUAGAUGAGAUAAGUAAUUAUAAUGGUCCCGUUCACUACUUGCCCCACCAUGAAGUCCACAAGCCAGACUCAGUUUCUACCCCUUUGAGAAUUGUGUUCAACUCUUCUUCCUCUUACCUUGGUCACGUACUCAAUGAUUACUUUGCAAAGGGCCCUGAUGUGCUAAACAACAUGAUUGCUAUACUGAUACGUUUUAGGCAACAUGCUGUGGCCUUCGUAGCGAUAUUAAGAAAAUGUACAACUCUGUACGAAUUUCAGAACUUGAUCAACAUACUCAUAGGUUUUGUGGCGGGACUUAGAAACUGA